CAUAAAAAACAAAGAGGAGUGGAAAAUAACCAAGAAAAAGAAGAAAAGCUAAAAAAGACAAAGAGAGCAGAACAAUGGUUGCAGAGGAAGUGAUAAUUACAUUGUCCGGUGGAGCGCCAUGGGGCUUUCGUCUCCAGGGAGGUGUGGAGCACCAGAAACCACUCCAGGUGGCUAAGGUGCGUAAACGCAGCAAGGCAUGCAGGGCUGGGCUGCAGGAGGCUGAUGAGCUGGUGUCCAUCAAUGAACAGCCAUGUGGAACACUAUCCCAUGCUCAAGCCAUGGACCUUAUCGACAGCUCCCCUGGGAUAUUACACAUCCGGGUCAAAAGGGUGCCUGCUGGCUUUCAGUCCGUGGUACUUGUGACCCGUGCCCCAUCUCCCCGUAUAGACAAAGAGUACCGCGCUGCUCUGCGUGCCAUGUCACCCAGCCAUCCCCACCAUGCACCCAUCCGUGAGGUCCACCGCAGCCGCUCCUCCCUGACCAGUGGUUUGACAUCUCCACCUGGUAGUGAAGCUUACUACGGCGAGACUGAUAGUGAUGCAGACGUGGCGGGCUAUGAGAGGCAGCGCCGGCAGAAACGUCGCAGCCCCAGCAACUCCAACCCAGGGAAACCAACAGGACGAGCCUCCCCUGAGGGCGGUGAGACAUCGGAAAUGAGUGGCUAUGACAGUGCUCCAGAUGCACAUGCUUUCCCCACUUUGUUGGAUGGCCGUGGGGGAGAUGGAGAUGGAGGAGGGGGGCUACCAGGGGUGGCACGGAGGGAGGUGAUUUACCAGCCUCCUGGUCCAGGAAUGUGGUCCUCACAGACAUCCACUGAGACCUCCUCCAUCAUUUCCUCAGCAGAUGACCAGGGGCCACGGGAUGGAGGCCAAGAGGAGGAUAGUGGCUUUCUUGAGCCAGCCAAUGUGCCACUGGUAUCCCCUGAGAGGGCAAAGGAAGCCCUGAUGCUCGGCUCUCGCAGCCAGCUUGUGCCCAUGGUGGGUCCUGUGAAUAAACCCAUUGACGAGGAGCUUACAACAACCUACAUGGAAAAGGCUAAGCAAGCCAAACUGAACCGAGGGGACACACCGCAAGACAAACAUGUAAAGGAAGCCAAAAGCAAGUGUCGAACAAUUGCGUCCCUACUGACAGAUGCUCCUAACCCACACUCCAAAGGGGUGCUGAUGUUCAAGAAGAGGCGGCAGCGUUCCAAGAAGUAUACCCUCACCAGCUUCGGUAGUGUGGAUGAGGAUAGGUGUCCAGACUCACAAGAGGAGGAUGGGGUAUUCCCUGGCAGUGAAUCAGAGUUUGAUGAGGAUGGUUUCUCAGCAGUUCCUGACCCAACUUGGGAUAGUGACUACUUGGAUAUGUUGGAGAAGAGGGCAACUGCAGGCACUGAAGUUCGUGGGGAUGGAGCAGAGGAUGCUCCAAGUCCAGGGUUGAGUGAAACUGCAGGUAAGGGCGCCCAGUUGUUUGAACAACAGAGAAAGAGGGCAGCUGAGCAUGCCAAGAAGUUAGAGGCAGCACAACCACAGAUUCCUCCACAGUCCCAAGUCCAGGAGCAGCCUCAGAUGUAUCACUUACAUCCAGAAAUACAACCACAGAUGCAACCAAACCUCCAGCCUCAGCAGAUGAUACCACCUGGUCCUACAGCCAUACAGCAAGAGCUUUCUGAGGCACCAGGUCCAGUUGCAGCCCAUGGAAUGUCUAAUGGGGACCUAUCCUACUCUGCAGUUAGUACUGCUUGCGUGGUGAUGUCACCUCCACCUGUGGCACCCAAACCAGCCACUGCCUCCGUGACUAUUCUGACAAGACCUGCACCACCAGCUGAAACACCACUACCAGAAUUAUCUGCUAGUAAUGUUCUUAACAGAACAGCACGUCCUUUCACUCCUGGCUUUAUAAGCGUUCGAGCUGCAACUGCCCCUGUAACGUUCAGACCACCUGUUGCAAAGACAACCCAGCGUCCUGCCUCAACAGCUGUUGUGCCACCACCAUUCUCCACUGCCUCUGAACUAACCACUAAUGCUCCAUCUGUAAUGUCCCUGUGGCCCCCUGGUCCUCCAUCAGUGUUGCCCCCCUCAUCUUCUGCACCGCAGGCUUCCUUGGCCCUGACACCAGAAGUUCCUGUUACCUUUCACGCUCCAGCCAUCUCUACCUCUGGAGAAAAAAUUCAGUCAUCACCAACAAUAAACACUGUUCAUCAUGCUCCAUUUGCAACUGUACCCCCAGUGUGUAUGCCUUCAAUGCCCCUGACCAUGCAAGCACCAGUGUCUACAGCCCCAGUACCUCUUGUAUCUCAAAUUCCUGGUUCAGCUGACCCAGUAGCCCAAGUGCCUCCACUUCAGCUACCAGUUGCUCAGACACCUUCACCUCAAUUUUCUAUGACCCCUGUAGCUACAGUGUCAGUGGUCUCCCAACCAGAAGCUGUAGCUCCAACUCCUGUUUCAGGUCCAUCAGGUCGGACAGGAAUCUUACUUGAGGCUCGACGGCGUGGUGGCAAACCCAAACCUAUGUUCAAUGUGCCAGAUGUCACAAAGAAAUCCCCCAAUCCUGAUCUACUGUCUAUGGUGCAGAGGCUGGAUGACAGGUCCACACGACACAAACAUGGCCAACCACUGUCUGAGACUAUCUAUGAUGGUGAAGAGGAGGAGAUCAGUGGCGAGGUCGGCAUGGGGAGGGCACCUCCUCCAGUGGCACCCAAGCCUAGGGUCAUCCAUGAGGCCCCACAGUUUCUUCAAGCAGGGGGUAAAGGAGCCCAGCUGUUUGCCCGCAGGCAGAGCCGCAUGGGUAUGUAUGUAGUUGACACCCCACCUGAGACCCCUUACCCGCAGGAAGUGGCCUCGCACAGUGCUGCCCAACCUAUUGAUUCCUUGCCUAAUCCUUCCUUUCCCUCUCAGUGGAAAUACUCCCCGAAUGUCCGUGCCCCUCCACCCAUUGGGUACAACCCACUCCUGGCCCCCUCUAUCCCUACAGGGCCUCAGAAGGACACAGGCAAGCCAGACAGCAGGGGUAGAGGAGGCUCCCAAAGAGAGGGCAUCAAGGCUCUGGAUUUCAUGAGAAGGCAGCCCUACCAGCUCAACUCUGCCAUGUUCAACUAUGGGGGCAGUGCUACCAAUCUAUCAGCAAUGCCUUCUUACCAGGCCCAGAGGCAGCAGCAGGGUGACUACACACCAACAAUGGUGGGCAGUUCACUAAUCUCACCUAAGCAGAUCCCUAUCAAAACAGCUCGUGUCUUUGAGGUCAAGCGAUUCUCCACACCCACACCUAUGUCAGCUCCCACUCUGGCUCCAAAAGUCAUUGCACCCCGCUCAGCUACUACUCUUGGAGAACGUUUGACUCAUUCCGACAUGACCUCCCCACCUCCUGCUCCCUUCACUCCAACACCAGCUGCUCUGUUUACACCAGCACCAGUCAGUGCCCCAACCCCAGCUUCACCUCCGUCCCAACCAGCUGGACUGCCCAGUCUUCCAAAAUUCUCUGCCACCCCUAUUCCAAACCCUGUGCCCCAUGCAGUUCCUACACCUUACACUCCAGUAUCAUACACCACUGGGCUCCAGAACGCCAAGCAGUUCCAGAGCGCUCCCGAGCUCAGUAUCCUUGCCUCAUUGCCCCCACUCAAGUCCAACCCAGUUCAGGCACCCAAACCACGUUUUGUUGCCACCAAGGGGGGUGUCCAGCCCCGUGUCUGGAGGCCAGGGGCAAUGUGAACAGCAGUGAAUCAGUCACUACCACACUCGGACAUGUACUAUUCAUUUAGUACUGAAAUGAUUACUGAUUGUUGACAGAAAAUUUACAACGAUUUUGUUAACUGGUACAUUAAGUGAAGCAAAAAUGCCAAAAAUUGAUGGUGAUGACGUAAAUUGAAAUUCUCUGAGUAAUGGUGGUUGGGCAAACAAAAUAAGCAUUUUGAAAAAUAUAACCCCAGGCUUUGGGAAAUUGUGAUGGGCUUUUCUCACAUGAAUUCAUCAAUCAAUAAAAAUGUAACAAAUCAAUAAAAAAUAAGGAACCCUAAUAUCUAUUAAUUUUAAGCCUCAUAAUCAGCUAUAAACACAAGGUGAUGAAGUAAAAUAAGGUGAUGGGAGUGAUUCAGUAUGAAGCUGAAAUCCAGAAACCAGUCAGAUUUUUGCAAUAUGUUACAACUUGCUACAAACUGUAAUAGAACAUAAACAUCUACUUGCUGUUCAAAAUCCAAAAUGCCAACACAUUUAUUCACACAUAGACCUGAUUGACAAUAAUCAUAGAGUAUAGUAGCACAUACUGUAUGCUGUAUAGUCCACCAUAUGCCUGUCCUGGGAGAGGUUUGUGUAAGGCUUCUGGAGAUCUCUUUCUACUAUUGUAGCGGAAAUACCAUCUAAACAGAGCCUGUACUGAAUAUUCUUUGAAACUUGAAAUGUCUGAAAGAUGUUGAAAAAUGAAUAGUUGCAGUUCUGACCAUAGAUUAAAUCUCUGAAGAUGUUUAUUGCAGUAUGUUGACAGGUGGAGGAUCAUAAAGCAAAAAUAGCAGGGUUUCAUCUUUGAACAUGCAAUUCUGUUAUUCAGUACUUGUCCUACUCACUGACUUGCACAAAAUGUUUUUUACCCACUCUGUAGCAUAUGAAGAAGAAACCUAUGAUGACCUAGUCUUCUUGUCCAGGGGUUUUAAUUAUGCAUGACCGUUGAAAAUUGUGAAAUGUUUUUGAAUUAGUCAUCUCACUGUGGAACUACUAUAUGUGAAACAUUAGCUCUUGCAAGUGUUAGUGAGGUUGCUCACUAUAGCCAGAGAGAAAUGCUAUCUUUUUAGCAUAGGUCACAUUUAACAAGUGCUCAGACUGUCACUGAAUGUACACUCCUCACUGGAUGUUGCAGCUUCACAUUGCCACUUAGGCACACCAGAGUCUCUAUAGUAUGAGUGUGAUCUUUGCAGAUAUAUGUAAAUUCUUAACUUUUAUUAAACAAAUAACACAGACGAAGGAACGUGUAUUUUGUUUUGUUUAAUUGUGAUUUCCUCUGAAGUGGUGCAAGGGGAAGUAACUGACUGAGAGGCACCAGCAUUUAUAAAAGGGUUCAAGAAAUGAGAGUGGCUGUGGAGAGGGGAAAUAGGCAGUAUAAAGGUAGGCCAGUUUACUGAAAGGGGUCAUAGCUCACCAUUUCACACAAAGGGUUAUGGUCAGAUGUUGAUGCAUGGCAGAAAAUUGGGACUUAUGGUAUGGUUGAAUUGCACAUUGUUAUGAAAUACCACAGCCUAUUAAACAAAGUUAAAAAGGAUGGGCAGGAAAGUUUGGUACCUGAAGUUAGUUGGUAAAGCUAAAGAAGCUGAUGGAAAGAAGCACGGAAUUGUGUUUCCAUUAACCAUGGUUGUAAUCAAAUAUUAAAGAUUAACAUGAAAUAACUAUAUACCUUUCGAAAAGGUAUGUUAAUGGAAACAAGCAAGAAACAAAGAAAUGAAUAUGUUGUUUUGAGCUGUGGAAUUCUUGGGGAAAUAGUUUUUUUUGUUUUUUACCAUUUUUAAAAUACAAUUUAUUUUGAAGCUUUUACUUGUUUUCAUAAUAUGGCAAUGAAAAAUCUAGAGUGUGGAUAUAGUUGUG